UGCAUUAAUAUUCCUAAGGUUUCUAAUAAAGUUGUUACAUCAUAUUCUUAUCUUCUUCCUUGAUUAUAACUCCACUUUUGUCCUUUUCACUGCAUGUGUUUGUAUGUUCUUUGAUGAUUCUUUUCCUUUCAACUUUGCAUUUGAUUUUCUUUUCAUAACAAGCUAUCAAGGUCAGAAACUCAAAGCUACCUUUCUUCUCCAAAUAUUUUUCAAAUUUUCCAAUUUUAUUUAAUUGUAGUUCUUAAGCAUAUUAUCAAUUUCACACAAAAUUGUGUAUAGUGUUUUUCUUGCUGACUCUUUAGUUUGUGUGUAACUUUCAUAAAUUUUGAUGGAAACUUACAUUAAUGUUACAGUUAUAUGAAUCAUCACAUCAAAGGGAUGGCCCACAAAUGUGUUUAUUUAAGGAAACAAGUUCAAAUGAUUGUUUGAUUUUUAAGGUUUGUUAAAUAUCAUUGAAGUUGUUGGCACAGUGCAAUACAAUACAAGUGUUUGGUUUGAGACAUUGAAAUAGAGAAAGUGAAAAAUGGAGGGAAUGAAUCAGAAAUCUAUUGAAAGAGUGGUUUCUCAAAAAGCAUUACAAAUGGGAAGUUCAUUUCCAUGUCAAAUUUGUGUUGUUGGAUUUCUCUGUGGAAUUUGUCUAACUUCUUUGUUCUUAGCUGCUUUGACUUCUUUUGGUACCUUUCAGUUUGGUCCCAUUUUGUUUUCAUCAAUGUCAUCAAUGGCUAAUUCAACUUCUCAUAACAAUAUUAACAUGGUUACAGGAUCCAACUGCAAUUUUAAGCUUAAGGAAACUGAGAGAUUAUUGUAUUUGAAGAGCACUAGAGAGCAAGAGACCGAUGAGAGAGUUUCGUUGCUUUACUCAUCUUGGAGUGAACUAUUGAAUAAAUCUACAACUGGAGAUAACGGAGACUUGGAGCGCAAAUUUGGAAUUAGAGGUUUUAAUUUGCCUAAUGCUCCACAUUUGGAAAACUGCAAGUCGAAAACGCAACUAUAUCGCGAUUUUGACAAGCGUAUAGGAAAUGAGAGGUUUCCACCAUGGACAAGUUGGAAGGGGUUUUUGCAGACAUUCCCUGUUGUUCCAAACGAGCAUAUACAAAAUCCAAACCACAAUGAGGCUGUAUCCAAAGGGGCUUAUCCACCCUGGAUUGUAGGAUCUGAUGAAGAUAACUAUCCCUUGACUAGAAAAGUGCAACGCGACAUUUGGAUCCAUCAGCACCCUUUAAACUGCAGCGACCCGAAUGUCAAGUUCCUUGUUGCUGAUUGGGAGAGGUUACCUGGAUUUGGCAUUGGGGCUCAGAUUGCUUCAAUGUGUGGACUUCUUAGUAUUGCAAUCAAUGAAGGAAGAGUUCUUGUAACUAACCAUUACAACAGGGCCCAUCAUGAUGGUUGCAAAGGGUUUUCCCGGUCUAGUUGGAGUUGUUACUUCUUUCCGGAAACAUCACUUGAAUGUCGUCAACGUGCAUUUGAACUUAUGAAAAGCGAAGAGUCGUGGAACAAAGGAGUCGUGACCGCAAAAGAAAGUUAUACAUCCAAGUAUAUAUGGAAUGGACCAACUCCUAGGAAAUGGGGACUUCCAUGGAGUUAUUUGCAACCUACAACUUCUAUAAAUGGGAGUUUGUUGGUUUCUCAUAGAAAAAUGGAUAGACAGUGGUGGAGGGCACAGGCUGUACGCUACUUCACGAGAUUUCCAACCGAAUACACGUGCAACUUAAUGAAUGAGGCCCGCCACGCCGCCUUUGGAAAAUUAGCUGCAAAAAUGGUUCUUCAAAGUCUUACUGCAGACUGGCCCAAGGAAAGCAGUGACAAGCCAAGGUCUGAUAUUGAAGAAUAUGUAUGGUCCAAUCAUAAACCAUGGAUCCCUAGGCCUCUUCUAAGCAUGCAUGUAAGGAUGGGAGACAAAGCAAGUGAAAUGAAGGUAGUUGAAUUUGAAGAAUACAUGCAGCUUGCUGAUCAGACUCGGAGACACUUUCCAAACCUUAAUAACAUUUGGCUUUCUACAGAGAUGCAGCAAGUGAUUGACAAAACCAGAGAAUAUUCGCAUUGGAACUUUCACUAUACCAAGGUAAGACGGCAAGCUAGGGCUAAUAUGUCAAUGGCAGAAUAUGAAGGCAGCCUAGGUAGAGAGAUCAGCACUAAUUAUCCACUAGUUAAUUUCUUGAUGGCUGCUGAUUCAGAUUUUUUUGUUGGCACAUUGGGUUCUACUUGGUCUUUCCUUAUAGAUGGGAUGAGAAAUACAGGGGGAAAGGUAAUGUCUGGAUAUUUGAGUGUUAACAAGGAUAGAUUUUGGUAAUGUCUUGUAAAUUUUAACAUUUUUGUAAAUAUGAUUGAUUAAUGUUCAACAAAGAAAUAUGUUUAAUUGACACUACUUGUCUCAAAUAUAAAUUGAUCAAAUAAAGUUGAUGUAUUUGGUACA